CAAAGGGAACACGUGGCUAAGGAUAUCGAGACGACGGCGGAGCAAGGCGGAGGCGAGUUCUCAGCCAAGGACUACCACGAUCCACCGCCAGCACCAUUGAUCAACUUCGACGAACUCACCAAAUGGUCGUUUUAUAGGGCGUGUAUCGCCGAAUUCAUUGCCACCCUUCUUUUCUUGUAUGUCACGGUGCUGACCGUGAUCGGUCAUAAAGUCCAAACCGACCCGGCCAAGAACACCGUUGACCAGGACUGCGGUAGCGUUGGCAUUCUCGGUAUUGCUUGGGCUUUUGGUGGCAUGAUCUUCAUCCUCGUUUACUGCACCGCCGGUAUCUCAGGGGGACACAUCAACCCGGCGGUGACGUUUCGACUUUUCUUGGGGCGUAAGGUAUCGCUGAUCCGAGCCAUCAUGUACAUGGUGGCUCAGUGCUUGGGUGCAAUCUGCGGCUGUGGGUUGGUCAAGGCUUUCCAAAAGACUUACUACAACAGCUACGGUGGUGGUGCCAACGAGCUGCAACCGGGCUUCAACAAGGGCACCGGCUUCGGCGCUGAAAUCAUCGGCACCUUCGUUCUCGUCUACACCGUCUUCUCGGCCACCGAUCCCAAGAGGAGCGCCAGGGACUCCCAUGUUCCUGUGCUGGCACCGCUCCCCAUCGGAUUCGCCGUGUUCAUGGUUCACCUUGCCACAAUCCCCAUCACCGGCACCGGCAUCAACCCUGCAAGGAGCUUUGGAGCUGCUGUGAUUUACAACAAAGAAAAGGCUUGGGAUGAUCAAUGGAUGUUCUGGGUUGGACCCUUCAUCGGAGCUGCCAUUGCUGCCUUUUACCACCAGUACAUCCUAAGAGCAGCAGCCAUUAAAGCCCUUGGAUCAUUCAGGAGCAAUGCUUAAAAUAUACCUCCAUUUUCAUACAUAAUUACAUCAACAACAAAUGAAAACGAGUGCACGCUUGUGUUGGGGGAGGGUUCCC